GGCUGGGCAUGCGGCCAGCAGAGCCAGGAGGGGCAGGUGCAUGAGCCGGGCACCCUGCUGUCCUCCUGCCGUGAGACACUCAGGGGGCUGCCACUUUGCCAGUGGCUUCCUUGUUCAACCUGUCCAGCCAGUAAGUGCUCUCACAGUGCCCCAGGCAGAGAGGGAACCCUCUGUCCUCCAAGCUGCUGUGCCGCCUUCAGGGGACGGAGGGAGAGCGAUUUUGCGGAUGCACUGGGUGCACGUUCAAGGUCCCCAGGGAUGGAAUAGUCUAGAUGGACAGAGCUGAAACCCAGGAGGAAGUGACACUCUUAGGAGGGAACCCGGGCUGGGAUUUCUCCACCUCUCAGUGGGGGACGCAGCGGGGUUGCACUUCAGUGCGAAGGUCACUUUCACUUCUCUUCCCAAGCAACAAAGCCGAAGGGUGCGCCAAUACAUCGCGUUCUGGAACUGAAGUCUUGAGAGCCUCUCUCAUCCCUGUCCGGGGCCCGCGGCUCCCUCCGAGAGCUCCCAGCGCAGAGCGAGAGGCAGACGUGCCUCCACGGUUCUCAUCCAUGGAGAGGCCCCUCACCGUCCUGCGUGUGAGCCUAUACCACCCCUCCCUGGGCCCGCACACCUCUGCCAGCGUCCCGCCCCAGCUACAGCACGACACCAGCCCCCUGCUGGUGGGGCGGGGGCGGGACGCCCACCUCCAGCUGCAGCUGCCCCACCUCUCCCGCCGACACCUGUCCCUGGAGCCCUACCUGGAGAAGGGCGGCACCCUGCUGGUCUUCUGCCUCAAGGUGCUGAGCCGCAGGGGCCGCGUGUGGGUGAACGGGCUGACGCUGAGGUUCCUGGAACAGGUCCCCCUGAGCCCCGUCAGCUGGGUCUCCUUCUCCGGCGUCCAGAUGCUGCUCCACGUGGAGGGCGGCCCCUCCCUGGAGGCCUUCACCUGCUGCUUCAGCCUCAGCCCAUCGCCCCUGGUGUGCAGGCCGAAGGCCGAGGAGAGCGACGAAUGGGAGAGCACCCACCAGGAGCAGCCUGCCCCAGGGCCGGGGGCCACAGGUCACCUGCACUUUCCCCACGGCCCUUCCCAGCCAUGCCCAGGAGGCGGGGCUCAACUCCAGCCCUGGAGAGAACCCCUGGAUGCUGCCCUCUGCUAAGCCGAGCUGCGGACAGUGACGCCUGGCGGAAACAGGCUUUGAACUCUCUGAGCAGCACGGUGGAGGGUGACACCCGGGCCACAGCCAGCUUGCUCCUAAUGAACUGGCUGGCUGUGCCAGCACUGACCAGGAAAGAUGCCCCCUGCUGUGAGCUGUGGUGGUACCAGCAACUUGGUGCGUCUUAGGGGCCCCACGGGCUUCCGGAGCCUCCCCUGUCUCACUAGGAAUGACUUUCUGUUGCUCAUCUCGCAGGCUGCCUGAGGGCAAGAGUCUGAGGUUACCCUGGGGUUGCGGGUGCACAUGGAUCAAUUGUGGCAGCUCCGAGUUGCCUGGGCUCUCCAAUACCCACAGGCACUCGGGGCUUAGGGGACCCUGUGUCUAAUAAACUGCAAGCCUGCAUGAA